UCUCCGUCCUUCCUGCUUGUGGGUGUGGACACAAAUAAUGGAGGAGAAGCUUCACUAGGCUGCUUCUUACAAGUUAGAAAACCAGUUUAAAAUCGGAUUCCAGUCCCACACUCAGACCCGUUCCUGGUUGCGGACUGUAGCUGGGAUGCUUUGUCAGGAUGGGAAAUAUUUUUGGAAAGAAGAAACAGACGCGAGUCACAGAACAAGACAAAGCGAUUUUGCAACUGAAACAGCAAAGAGAUAAACUGCGACAGUAUCAGAAGAGGAUCAACCUGCAGCUGGAGAAGGAGAGACUUUUAGCCAAACAGCUGCUGAAAAAUGGCAAAAAAGAGAAAGCUCUCCUCUUGCUGAAGAAGAAGCGCUACCAGGACCAGCUUCUAGACAAGACGGAGAACCAGAUCAGCAACCUGGAGCGCAUGGUUCAAGACCUGGAGUUUGUCCAGAUUGAAAGGAAAGUCAUCGAAGGGUUGAAAGUCGGAAACGAUUGUCUGAAGAAAAUGCACGAGGUGAUGUCUAUUGAAGAAGUGGAACGGAUUAUGGAUGAAACUCAAGACGCCAUCGAGUACCAGAGACAAAUCGACGACAUGUUGGCCGGAUCUUUAUCACAGGAAGAUGAAGACGCUGUUCUGGCUGAGCUGGAGGCCAUAACUCAGGGAGACGUCGAGCUUCCUGAAGUUCCCUCAGACGAGCUGCCAGACGUCCCCGAAGCCACAGAGGAGAAGAAGCCGGAGAGGGAACGUCCGAAGAAGAAGGCAGAGCCGGAGCUGCUGGCCGCGUAGGAACACUGACUUGACCUCUUGACCUCCUUCAGCUGACCCGCAGGCUGCUGGACUUUUUUUUUUUCUCCACCACACACACACACACACACACACACACACAAACAUUCACACACACAAACAUUCACACACACACACACACAAACAUUUUGCUGCAGAACUCUUCUGUCCUUCAGAGGCCUGUGACGACAGCAGCAGCAGCAGCAGCAGACGCUCUCAGUCAGGUUCUGGGCUUCCUUCAUCACAUCCGGCCGCUGUUUUCGUCGUGGAGGACCGGUUCACCGCAGCGGAAAGAAAAAAAAAUGCUGAUUUGAACCAUGAAGACCUGUGAGAUCAGAUAACUGUGCCUAACAUUUGUUUCAUUAGUGUUAUUUCUCUACUGUGUUCACUACUAAAUCAUUUUUAAUUAAACUGAAAUGCACGUAUGUAUUUACUCAACGUAA